AUGGCUGAAGUACGAUUCUGUGAGGAAUGUAAUAAUAUUUUAUAUGCCAAGAGUGACAAGAAAAGUAAAAAGUUGAUAUAUGUUUGUAGGAGCUGUGAAUAUAUAUCACUGAAACCAAAUGAAAAUAAUAAUAUUGUAGCAAGGAUAAAUUAUAACUACGACAGAAAAGAAGAUAUUUAUAUUCAUCCAGAAACAAAAAACGAUCCAGCCUUAGGACGAGUUAGAGAUUGGACAUGUAAACAAUGUGGAAAUAAUGAAGCUGUAUUUUUACAGCUAGCUGAAAAGAUAAGUUAUAAUCCUAUGGCCCUAAUAUAUGUAUGUACAAAUAAAAAUUGUUAUUAUUGGGAGAAAGAAGCUCAAAAAAUUCAUGAUGAUAAUUAUUUUAAAAGUGAUAAGUCAUCUGAUAUUUCAGAAGAUGAAGAUUUAUUAAAUAAAAACUUUUUUAUUAAACAUGAAAAAGAUAAUUUCUCUUUAUUAAAUCAUGAUGAUAAUAUCAAGAAAAAUAAAAAGGCAUGGAGAACUAUAAAAGAAGAAGGGGAUGAUGAUGAAGAUGAUGAAGAAAAAAAAAAUAAACAAGAAGAGGAAGAAGGAAAUAAAUUACAACAAGAAUUGUAUAAAAUAUUAAAUCUUAAUGAUAAAAAGUCAAAUGACGAAUUACAAAAUGAGGUACAAUCAGAAGUAGAAAAUGAUUAUGACAUUAACGUCGAGGAAUAUUUCUGUGAAGAAUGA